AUGUUACAACCAUUGAAACAUAUUCUUCAACAAAAACGAAUUAUAUUAGCUAGUGGUUCACCGCAACGUAAACAAUUACUUCAAUCGAUUGGCUUAAAUUUUGAUAUAACUGUUUCUGAGUUUGCUGAAGAUCUUGAUCUUUCAUCAUAUAAAGAAAAUCUUUCUCAAUAUGUUACAGCUGAACAUAAAUGUCAUCAUGUGCUGGUAGAUUGUUCAUUAAAUAAUAUUGUAUAUGGAAAACCAUCUGAUAAAGAUGAUGAUUUUCGUAUACUUAAAACAUUUUCUAAUAAUACACAUCAAGUAUUUACUGGUGUAUGUAUUCUACAAGGAGAUAUGACAAUGAAAACAUUUUUCGAAACAACUGAUGUUACAUUUGGUUCAAUUGAUGAUGAAACUAUUCGAGCUUAUAUUGAAACCGGUGAAUCAAUGAAUAAAGCAGAAGCUUAUGAUAUUCAAUCUUAG